AUGACGCCACGCCAGCUACGACAGACGGACUUGAGCCUCCCGAGCGUGCGAGUUGGAAGCCGGCACAGAGCCAUCGACAGCGCCUGCAGGUUACGCCGCAUCGGACCUGGGCGUGACAAAUUUGUCCAAUCCUUGAUUCAAAGAAAUCCCCACCUCAACCAGGUUACGCCGCAUCGGACCUGGGUGCGACAAAUUCGUUCAAUCCUUGAUUCGUGCGCCUGCCUGCUCUGCUCCAUUAUCUACCAGUGUUCAGCUACAUUUAUGCAGGUCAGGGAUGGCCUGCGGACCCGCUUUCAUCCAAAAUCUUAUCCAUCCAUCCAGCCCUUCACCCGACCCUCACCAGGAUGGCCUGCGGACCCGCUUUCUCUGAACGCGGGGAUGCGUCUCUUUGCACGACUCGAGGAUGCGCCGCCUCCACUCGGCGCGCGGCGACCGCCGUCCACUCCUUCCGUGGCUCUGCUUUUUUCGCCGAUUCGCCGUAGCCCGCAGCAAGUAAGGCUUCAUAAGUAUUGUUGCUUUAUUGCUGCAAUAUUAUUGUGCACAAUGCCAUCGACCUUACUUGAUGGUCUCCCUAACGAAGUUGCUCUCCAGUGCCUUGCACGGGUGCCAUUCUUGUUCCAUCCGAUGCUUCAGUUGGUUUGUCGCUCUUGGCGAGCAUCAGUUUGCAGUGGCGAACUUUUCAAAAUUCGGAAUCAGAUUGAUGCGACAGAAGAGCUCUUGUGUGUGUUGGCGUUUGAACCAGAAAACAUGUGGCAACUUUAUGAUCCCCUACGAGACAAGUGGAUAACUCUCCCUGUCAUGCCAUCUCAGAUUAGGAACAUAGCCCGCUUUGGAGUGGCCUCAGUUGCUGGCAAGCUCUAUGUAAUUGGCGGUGGCAGUGAUCGAGUUGAUCCGCUUACUGGAGAUCACGACAGGAUCUUUGCAAGCAAUGAGGUUUGGUCUUAUGAUCCGCUCCACCGAGUGUGGUCCCAGAGGGCUCCUAUGCUUGUGGCUAGAGCGAUGUUUGCUUGUUGUGCAUUGGAUGGGAAAAUAAUCGUCGCAGGAGGCUUCACUAACUGCCGCAAAUCGAUAUCAAAGGCUGAGGUCUAUGACCCUGAAGCUGGCCUAUGGGAGCCUCUCCCUGACCUUCGUCUGGCUCACAGCUCUGCAUGUACUGGACUUGUCAUCAAGGGUAAGAUGCAUGUAUUGCAUAAAGGUCUAUCGACAGUGCAGAUUCUGGAAGAUGGUGGCAGUCAUUGGGCUGUUGAGGAUUUUUCUUGGCUGCAAGGCCCGAUGGCGAUGGUUGGUGGAGAGCUGUAUGUGCUGAGUAACAGCUGUAUUAUGAAGCAACGUGGUGAGAAUUUCCCUGAUAAGAUGGUGUCGUGCGCAUCUGAGUUUCAGAGCAGGAUCGGUUUCGGGAUGAUUGGUAUGGGUGACAACAUAUAUUUGGUUGGGGGAGUGAUUGGACCUGGGCCGAGAAACCAAUGCAUCAAGCCGCUAUCAGAUGUUGAUAUCUUGAACGUCACAAGUGAGAGACCAACCUGGAGACCAGGGUCACCGAUGACACAUUGUCGAGGGAGCAUCUGCGGCUGCGCUUUGUUGAGGAUUUAG